CGGCUACUCGGCUGACAAGGCGUGGAAGGAGAGGGAGAGAGAGAAAGAGAGGGCGGCAGGACCCGAACGGGAAGAGAGAGACGAGAGAGGCAGGUAUCGAUAUCCUUUUUCCCCCAAUACAAGCCUUGCCGGCACCGGCAUCCCUCCGCCGUCUUGAGGAAGGGCUUUCUCUCCCCAUCCCAUAAGGCUGGCUUCACAUUUGCGAAAAGGUGAUUAGAAUGAAGGAUUUAAUGGGACAUUUCGACUUCUACAUUGGACUGGGCCUGGCUCUCAGCUCCAGCUUGUUCAUUGGAGGAAGCUUUAUCCUAAAGAAGAAAGGGCUUCUCAGCUUGAGUGGCAGAGGAUCUACCAGAGCAGGUCUAGGGGGUCAUGCAUACCUGAAGGAGUGGAUGUGGUGGGCAGGACUGCUAUCCAUGGGAAUUGGAGAAGCUGCCAACUUUGCUGCAUACGCUUUUGCCCCAGCAACACUGGUCACUCCUCUAGGAGCACUAAGUGUUUUAGUCAGUGCAGUUUUAGCCUCCUACUUCCUGAAUGAGCAGCUAAACCUUCAUGGGAAGAUUGGCUGUAUCCUGAGCAUUUUAGGCUCCACUGUGAUGGUCAUCCAUGCCCCCCAGGAGGAAGAGGUGUCCAGUGUGGAGUCAAUGGCUGAGAAACUGAAGGAUCCAGGAUUCAUAGUAUUUGCUGUGUGUAUGCUGGCCAGUUCAGUUCUUCUUAUCUUUGUGGCCGGGCCUCGCUACGGGCACAGCAACGUCCUGGUGUAUGUGCUGGUCUGCUCCGCUAUUGGUUCGCUCUCUGUCUCAUGUGUGAAAGGCUUGGGUAUUGCCCUGAAAGAACUGUUUGCUGGGAAGCCUGUCUGGAAGGAGCCAUUGGGCUGGGUGCUUUUCAUUUGCCUUGUGAUCUGCAUCAGCAUCCAGAUUAAUUACCUGAACAAGGCCUUGGAUAUCUUCAACACAUCUGUGGUCACACCCAUCUAUUAUGUCCUCUUCACUACGGCAGUUAUGACUUGCUCUGCCAUUCUGUUCAAGGAGUGGCAGCAUCUGGUCCUGAUGAACAUCAUUGGCACCAUCAGCGGUUUCCUCACCAUUGUCCUUGGCAUCUUCCUGCUGCAUGCUUUCAGAGACGUCCCCUUCACUGCAGACUUGCUGCCCCUAUUCCUGAAGGAUAACGGAUCCAAGAUGGAAGCAGCUGCUUGGAGAACAGGGGGCAAGCAUCAGUCUUGCCUUCACCAGCCCCUUUUGGACACCCAGAAAGAUGGGACAGAGAAAGCAGAGGUGCAGGACGGUCCAAGUUUAUGAAAGCUAAUGUGUUACGUAUAGCUUAUUGGCUAAAAGACCAACACACCCCAUUCCAUUUUUAAGCUCUUCCAAAGGGCUUCCUAAGACUGCUGCUGUUUUCCACUACAGAACUUGAAUCACACACCCGUAGGCAACACUGAGCUAUUUGAAACUGUGUUCUUUUCACUGGUAACAUACUUGAACCAAAUAGAAGACCCAAACAGGUCAAGCUAGCAUUCAGCAAGUAGCAGUCCUGGGGCUGAAUCUGCUCUCUCCCUCCCUUUUAUGCAUCCAGAAGUGAUGCGGAGAAAGACGGAUAGACCAGGACCAAAAAUCUGAUGUCUGAGUGGGUUUUGGACUUAUUUCUUGAACACAGAAAACUAUUUUUGAAACUCCAUGGAGUUUCAGAAUUAAUUGGUAAUGUGGCAUUGGGCAGGAGGGGGUGCAUUGCUGAAGAGGGGUGAAUCUUAUGGAUUACACAUGGGGGUGGGUGGGAAUCUUACGGAGUAGCCACAAGUAAAAUACUUGAGGGUCCUCCUAGCCAGAGACAGGUAUGCACAAAGCAGAAUUGGCCUCUUUGUCUUGUAACUGACCUGCCACAGUUGUAUCGCAUCUCGAGGAACUAAAGAGGAGAAACGGGAAGAUCUGUACGAGGAAGAGGGCUUGCAUGUGGACAGGCAAGAGAGAAGAGGGAUUCUCCUUGUGUUUUUCUUUCUCUGGGUCAUUUUAAGGAAGAUGGAGAUUAAGGGAAUUCAUGUGAGAGCAUGUGGGCAGAAGCUGGAAUGGAUAGCUGGCCACUCAGGGUACGGGCAAGCUCAGCCCUACCAUGUAGAGUGCCCCACCGAUGAAACUAGGUGAUAAGCAGGGAGUUUCACUCUUGAAGGAGCUCAGACCUUCUGAAUAAGUGUACUUUAGAAUCAGAAUGCACGGAAGUUGAAAUUGGUAAGACCUGUUUUUGUGUAACUGUUUAAGCAUAAUAUACACGUCUCUUAUGAGAACGCAGCUGCUACUUUGUAUGUGCCUGAUUUUAGCAAUAACAGCGUUUUACAACUUUCUGAAUGCAAGGACAAUGGGUGGUAUUCAACACUAGGCCUACUCAGAGUAUACCCACAGAAAUUAAUGGACAUGACUUUGGUUCAUUCAUCUGAAUGGGUCUACUCUAAGUAGGACUUAGUUGAAUACCAAUGUAUUUUAAGUGGCCAUAAGAUGAACAUUUUUUUAAAGUAUUAAGGCAGAGGUAGCCAAGCUUUUUGGACCCAUGGGUACAUUUGCAAAGCAGAGAAACUCGUGGGCAGUACACACACUGCAAUCUGUUCCGUUGGCUACAAUACAAUGAUUGGGAAAGGCUGGUGUAAAUAAUACUGAGUUAGUGUACUGAGCUACUGAAUAUGUUCCUGUGAAACAGGCUGUUGCAUGAGCCUCUCUUUCCUCUGUCAGUCCCCAGCAGGCUAGUAAACUUUAUGGGCUUAUUUGCACACUGACUGCUCUUUUGCAUUGCCUGGUCUAUGGGUCUCAUUUUGUAAAGGAAAAAGAAGUCUGUACUCAUAUACACCUAGCCACUUAGGUAACAACUUUACAUAUCAGACAGAGACAAUGCUACCCCACAAAAGCAUAUGCCACAAUGCAUCUGCUAGUCUUUAAGGUGCCACGGGACUCUGCAGCAAAAGCAAUGAGUCUUGCGACAUAUUGGGUCAGCGUUAUUUCAGUGAUGUCUGUUAAUGAAACAAUUUAUGAUGAAGAACUGAUAGAAGCCUCUUGUGAUUAUCCCUGCGUCCCAACCCAUUCCUUUCCUCUGCAUUGAUCAUUUUAUGGCUCGGCUGGUCUCCAUGCAACAACUGACUUGGUCACCUGUGGCAAGUAAGGAUUUGUUUAGACCAGCCGGCAGGCAAGCUUUACAGACAUGGUUUCUUUUGGGAGCAUAUAUCACUAAUAAACAUACAAGUGAGCAACUUGCUACAAAACCUGAAGGCUAAUAAUGCGUGGGUUUACUGGCAGAGCAAUGGUCAAUGUACCUCUUAAUAUGCUUAAUUCACACAUGACAGCUUGGGAAACAGUGAGAACAACAUUUCCAGCUAUCCUUUAGCAGUCCAGCACGAUAAUUCCUUUCAAGUGCUCCUUAUUCCAGAACACCAUCAUUACUACUGACAACAGUCCCCCUAUUUUCGAAUCCCUAGCAAUCCCAGCAGAAGGAACCAC